AUGUACAUGAAGGCGAGGAUGCACCCUGCACACUUGCGAGAUGGAUGGGCCAACAGCAAGAUCGCGCAGGACAAUUACGAGGACUCCAUCCAGAUUUUGGAGGCACUGAAGGCACGUCAUGGGGACGACAUCGAAUUUGCGGCCCCAGACCAUGUUCCGACAGGAGCACCUGGAGAUGCCUUUGCGCCGGUGGAAGGCGGCGAGGAAUCCUUCAACAUGCUCACUGCCGCGGAGAACCCCAGCACAGAAACACAGCAUCAACGAAGAGCCAUGGAAUACAUCUUCGAGACGGUGUGGGAACGCCGCAACACCAAUGACACCAACAAUACUGACCGCCUCCACAUGCUCCUCCACGGACCGGGCGGCUGUGGGAAGUCCGUGGUGGUGCGCGCAGCAGCCCACAUGCUUCGGGAGGCGGGAGUGGGAACUAUCAUUGCUGCGCCCACAGGGGUGGCAGCAUGGAACAUCAACGGCGUCACUCUCCACACUUGCUGCUUGCUUCCCGUCGUGAACCAAAGCUAUGGAAGGGCCUGCGACGUGCCGCUACCAAAUGGCCCCAUCCUGGCCACGCUGCGAAGCAUCUGGAAGCUGGUGGCGGCCCUCUUCGUGGACGAGAUGGGCUUCAUAUCGUCCUUCAUGUUGGAGCGCCUGGAUCAGCAUCUGCGGUUGGCUAAGAACAUGCCGCACGUUCCCUUCGGAGGAGUGCAUGUCGUGUUCUCUGGAGACCUCUAUCAGCUGCCACCGCCGGGCGGGCUGCCAGCCUUUGCCAGCUCACUGUGGACAUUGCUUCAGCUGUGCGAGCUAGAAGGCAAUCAACGCGCAGCAAAGGACCCGAAGUGGGCAGCUCUUCUCGCACGAAUUCGUGUCGGCAUGUGGACGGAAGAGGACAUUCAGGAGCUGCAAGGUAUGGUCCUGAACAAGAACGACAGCAGGCAGCCUUCUCCAAAGGCCGUGUGUCUGUACCCGACGCGCAGAGCCGUGGCGGAGAAGAAUCGCCACUACAUCGAGGAGCAUGUCAGAAGGACCGGCGUCAAGCUCUACCAAAGUCCUGCCCUAGACACGAAUGUCAAAACGGGUGCGCCGCUGUCUCCCGAAGUGGUGUGGGCUGAUCCAGAGAACACGGCCGGCUUGGAAACCUUGCUGCACCUUGCUGUCGGUGUCCGCGUGAUGCUCAGGUACAACCUCGACACGCAAGACGGCCUGGUCAACGGAGCCUGCGGCUUUGUUGAGCACAUUGAUGCAGACGAAACCACUGGAGAGAUUGAAAAGGUUUGGAUCGAAUUCGAGAAGAAGGCUGGCGCCAAGUGGCGCGCAGAGAACGAAACCAGCUUCGUUGCCAUCUCGCGACGGUCCGCCACCUAUCUGGACAUGGAAGGCAGCAAGGCCUCAAGGUUGCAGUUUCCCUUGGUGCUAGCGCAGGCCACCACCAUUCACAAAAGUCAGGCGGCCACACUGCAGGAUGGUGCCCACUCCCGCCUCGAUGCCACCUGCAAGCAAGAGGGGCAAGCGUACGUGGCUCUGAGCCGCUGCCCCGAGCAAGCCCUUUGCACCCUGGAAUUCUUCAAUCCCAAGUCCCUGCGAUUCAACUCAAAGGCGGAAUGGGCACUCACCCAACUAAAGGCCCAGCAAGCCGAGCGGGACGGAUCCCAACUGUGGAAGCAACUCUUCCAGCCGCCGCAGAGCAAGGACUUCUAUGAAGCCAAGCUUGCCGAGAUGGGCGCUCCAGAUUGGGCUCAGCUGAUGAAACGCAAGGAAGAAGAGGAGCAUGCAGAUGGUGAACUUCCCUGGUGCUGCCAGCAAUGCGGACAAGAACUCCCAAACACCAAACUUGCCAUCAAGGAACACAAGCAGAAGUGCCCGUCCAAACCCAAAGCAAAAGCGAAAGGCAGCGCAAAAGCGACAAGCAACGGCAAGGGAGGGUGCAAGGGCCGUACCAAGAGCACCGCCAAAGCCAAGAGCAGAUCCAGCGCCAAAAGCAGGUUCCUGCUCAUCGGUGUCCCCGACAAAAGGCCAGCAGCCGACUCGGCGCCAAACGCUCCAUCAGCCAAGCUUGCGCGGACGAGCAAUCAGCCCGCAGCCCCGCUGCCAUCCCCGCAAAGCAACCUCCCAUAUUUCGAGCGCCAGGAUCGUGCUCUCUGCGGCAUGCAUGCCUUGAAUAAUGCCUUGGGCGGGGCCAUCUUCACCGAAACCGACAUGAAGGAAGCCGUGCAAAUCCUUCUCCAGGAGGGCGGAGAGGAGCGAGGUGAAGUCGCCCAGGACCACAUGGCCGCAGAUGGCUACUACUCCUCCGAGGUUCUGGCCCAAGUUAUUCAAUCCAAAGCCCUAGCUGCCUUCAACCGCAUUCGAUGGGAGAUGGUGCUACAGCCUGUCACCACCAAGCACGAACUGGAAGCAGCCGUGGGCCUCGUACAGAACCGAGACAAUGCUCACUGGGUGGCCUACCGCUUCUUCAACGACAGCAUCUUUCGCAUCGACUCCACGACGCGCUCUCCGGAGCAGCUGACAGACCAAGCCUUCUUGCACGACCUCGCCCAAUAUCCCAACACAUUUGCAAUCCGAGAAGUCUAG